AUGUCCAGACAGGGGGUGGGGAAAAAGGGGAAAGCCCAACAAGAACUAAACACCUCGAUCUCCCCGAUGUUUAAGCAGGCAGAAAGAUUGAAACAAGUGCUGACUAAUAUAGUUGGACAGACUAGCCCCCCUAGGAGGAAGAAGGAAGAUAUACCCCAAACCCAGGAGGGAGACCUUUCCAGGUCGAUAGAGAAAGACACCAUGAGAUUGUCUCCCACUGAAUUCCAGUCUGGGGAGAGCGAAAAUAAACACUUAAAGGAGGCAGAAAAAACUGCCCCCAUUCAGGAGGAACAGGUGCCUAGUUUGCAGGACAUAUUCCAUGAAAUAAAAAAAUGCAACUCGGCAAUACAGAACCUCUCUCUCCAGACUGGAAAUAUUAAGGAGGUGGUGGGACUCCUCAGGACAGAUCUACAAAAAUACAAAGAUAGGUUAGUAGAAGUAGAGAAGAGAACAUCUGAUACUGAGGAGCUACUGCAGAUAAUAGUUAAAGAAAAAACUAAGUUAAAGGAAGAAAACACAGUACUUAAAAACAAAUUACUGGACUUGGAAAACAGGUCAAGGAGGUCUAAUCUGAGAUCAGUGUAUAUUCACUGCCUGAUAGAUAAAUUUGGCCAUAAAACCUAUGAACAAAUGACGAAGCUGGAGCUCGUUAGGGAAUACCUUGAAGAUAUAUACAGUAGUAAAGUAAAUAAGAGUGCAGCGGAACUACAGCAGUUCCUAGGGAAAAUUAGUAUUAUUAAAUUAACAACUGAUCAGAGUGAAUCCCUAGAAGCCCCCUUAGACUCGGCUGAAGUAGAGACAAUAUUGUCCAAGAUAACUAAGAAUAAGACCCCAGGUGAAGGAAUUGACAAUUUUUGGAAAGUUCUUGUUGAGGGAAAAAACUGUACUAUAGAGAUUCCAGAAGAAAGAUUUAAUGUCAAACAUUGGUAUGAUCCCGAUUAUGACACGCCAGGAAAAAUAUGUACCACCCGAGCUGCCCUUGUGGAAGGCUUUAAUGAAUUUGAUCAUAAACCUUUUGGAAUCUACAAGUCAGAAACUGAGAUUAUGGAUCCACAGCAAAAACUACUGCUUGAGUGCACAUACAGGGCUCUGGAAGAUGGAGGCUACCCAAUGGAAAGCAUCAGUGGAAGUGAGACUGGAGUGUUUAUAGGUCUCAUGAACAGAGAUUCAGAAAGCAUCUACACUCAAUGUGCUGAUAACAUUAAACAUUUUAAUGGAACUGGCACAUCAACAUCCAUAGCUGCCAAUCGGAUAUCAUAUUGUUUCAAUCUGACUGGACCAUCAUUAUCCAUUGACACUGCUUGUUCUUCUUCUCUUGUUGCUUUACAUUAUGCCUGCCAAUCCAUCAGACAAGGUGAUUGUUGUAUGGCGAUCUGCGGAGGAGUCAGUUGUAUCAUUGAACCUCGUGUCUAUGUUGCUCUUAGUAAAGCAAAGAUGAUUUCUCCGGAAGGGACAAGUAAACCAUUUUCCAACAAAGCUGAUGGAUAUGGAAGAGGAGAAGGCUGUGGUGUUAUUCUCUUAAAACCAUUGAAAAAGGCAAUUGAAGAUUGCAACAAAAUCUGGGGUAUAAUAUAUAAAACUGCAGUUAACCAAGAUGGGCGGUCAGUAUCACCAAUCACCAAACCAUCUCAAUACCAACAGGAGAAAUUAAUGCAGCAAAUUUAUAAAACCAUAGAUCCAUGUUCUGUGCAGUAUGUUGAAGCUCAUGGUACUGGAACACCAAUUGGAGACCCAACAGAAGCUGCCAGCUUAGGAAACAUCUUUGGGAAAAUACGUCCUAUUGGAAUGAAACCUCUAAAGAUUGGAUCAGUUAAAGGGAACAUUGGUCAUACUGAAUCUGCUGCUGGCGUUGCUGGGUUAAUAAAAGUUCUUCUCAUGAUGAAUCAUGAAAUUAUUCCUCCAUCUCUACAUUAUUCUAAAGAAAAUGGUAUAAAAAUUAUCGAGGAAUCAAAUCUAGAGAUUCCAACCAAGCCUCAAAAAUGGCUAGAGGACAUUACAUUUGGAAGAAUAGCAGCAAUAAAUUGUUUUGGGUUUGGGGGAACCAAUGCACACGUUGUUGUUAAACAAUAUAAACAAAAAGAUCCUCAAUAUCAUUCAAAAAGACCGGUUGAACUUUUUAUUUUGUCUGCAGCUUCCAGCCAAUCACUUCAACUCUGUAUUGAAGAUACUAAACAAAUGUUAAGAAAGACAACAUCAUUAACUCUGGAGAACCUGGUCUACACAGCAGCUUGCAGAAGAAGUCAUCUAAAUGACAAAUACAGAAUAGGAUUUCUGGCCUCUUCCUUAACUCACUUACAACAACAGCUUGAAAUUAUGAAAAAAGACACUGCCCAAGUGAUAUCCAGUCCCAGUAUUGCAUUUGUGUUCUGUGGGAAUGGGCUCAUUUAUAAAGGGAUGUGCAAGAUGUUACUAGAACUUGAACCAGUGUUCAAAAAUAAAUGUAUAGAGAUAGAUGAGGUGAUUAGAGUCUACACUCCGCUUUCUGUGGUACAGUUGUUGGAGAAAGAGUUUGACGAGUUCUCAAGGCCAGAUGUGGCACAGUUGUUGCUCUUUACAAUUCAGGUGUCAUUAGUAGCUCUCCUAAAAAACUGGGGGGUAAAGCCAGACUGCAUUCUAGGACAUUCAGUUGGAGAAGUCGCGGCAGCACAUUGUUCUGGACUUCUUUCGCUAGAAGACGCUGUCAAAGUCAUUUAUUACAGGAGUACAUUGCAAUGCAAAGCUGUUGGAGGGAAAAUGUUGGUAGUUGGAAAUAUAACAAUCACUGACGUAUCAAACUUAGUUGCAUCCUACAAGGGGAAAAUUUGCAUUGCUGCUUAUAACAGCCCUACUUCAUGCACAGUUUCUGGAGAUGGUGAGACAAUAGACCAACUCAAUAAAAAACUGUCCAAAGAUUAUAGUUCACAGGAUAUAUUUCUCCAUGUACUUGAUGUCCCUGCUGCAUACCAUAGCCACAUGAUGGAUCCUAUAUUAAAUGAGAUAAAAGAGAUGCUAAGGGAUUUACAGGAACAUGAUCUUGAAGUUGAUCUUUUUUCAACAGUGACAGGAAAGCCUGCAUCCAAAGGAGAUUUCACCACUGGUGAUUACUGGGGUAAAAAUAUUCGUGAACCAGUUGCCUUUCAACAAGCCAUAAAAGCUUCAGCAAAAGAUAAAGAACACACUCUUUUCAUUGAAAUAGGUCCUCGGAGAGCACUACAAAGGAACAUAAUUGAAACUUUAGGCCCCAACACAACAGUAUUACCUGCCUUACAGCCCAAUAAAGAGUAUGACACCAUCUUUUCCAUGCUGAUUGAACUUUUUACACACGGAUAUAAUCCUGACUGGUGUAAUGUUUUUGACGCAUAUAAAUCUUCUCCAUCAACAAUUCCAAGAUACCAAUUUGAUCACAUCAAGCAAGAUAUUAAAUUUGAAAAAAUUAGACAGGGGAACCAAACAGCAUCCAGUCCCAACCACCCAUUAAUUCGUAGCUUGAGUGAAGAUUUCACUGAGUUCCAAUGUAUAGUAUCUAAAACCAUUACACCCUAUGUCUAUGAACAUACAAACUGGGGAUCUGCCCUCAUUCCAGGUGCAUUCUAUGUAGAACUUGGAUUGGCUGCUGCAGCUAUCAGCUUCAAACCUAAACUGCCCUUAAAUUCUUUAAAAAUCAGUGUAAUAUUUUCCAACCCUUGUGUUCUUCAACAAGACUCUGUUGACCUGAAAAUCAAGCUACACCAAGAAGAUAAAGUAACUAAUUUUGAAGUUCUAACAUCACAUGUUUUUGCAAGUGGGAAAAUCCAAAAACAUAACUCUAUAGUAAACACAGUCAAAGGAAUCUCAACUGAACAGAUAUUCAGUAGAUGUACCACUAUUUUCAAAAUUGAAAAUAUUUAUGAGCAGCUUUCUACACUUGGAUUUGAAUACGGGAAGGCUUACAAACAGCUGGGUGAUGUUCAUUAUGGAAAUGAUCUCAAAGAAGGGAUUGCCAGACUGAAAGUGAGUGAAGAAGUUCGAGAAACAAUGUAUGAGUACCACAUCCAUCCAGUCAUUUUAGACUGCUUUCUUCAAAUGGGAGUUUGUGUGGGAUCACGAACAAAAGACUCAGCUAUUUUCCCAUCAUCCAUAGAAAGUUUAACGAUUCUACAGCCUCUUCAAGAAGAAAUGAUCAUCUACAUGAAAACAAUAAAAACAACAGAGAAGUACAUUGAGUUAUGUGGAUGUUUUGCGGAUAAAACUGGUUCCAUUUUAGUAGAAAUAAAAAGUGCUAAGAUGUCAUUAUUAAAACAAACAGAGAAAAAACAAGUGAAAACUUUUUACCAAGUUGAAUGGACACAAUGUUCACAACCCAGUCAUAUACCAGAACACGAGCCAAAAAUGUUGAUUUUUUCUGACACUCUUGGAAUAGGUGAAAAAUUAUCAAAGUACAUGCAGAAUGAACCCAGCUACAUUAUAUUCAACAGCUGGGAUUCAAAUUUUCAAGACCAAAAGAUUCUCAAUAGUGAAUGGACUGAUGUUGUGUUUAUGUGGGGAAUCCAAAGAGUAUCUGAAAACAUUCCAAACAACCUUACACAAUAUCUAGCAAAAUGCUGUGAAGUCUAUCGACAGCUGAUAUUAGCAGUGAGUAAAAAAUCCCCUAAGCCUUCUAUCCGUACAGUGACAUUCAGAACAGUAGACAAUACAGUAGAUAAUAUUAACCCUGGAUUUGCAUUUGUCGGAAUGACAAGAGCUUCUCUCUUUGAAAUGCCUGACAUAACAUUUCAGCUGAUUGACAUUAGCUCCACAAGUCCCCAAGAUGUUAAGGCACUAGCCCAGGUUGUACAUAAUUAUAAUCCAGAGGACCAUCCAGAGAUCUGGAUUAAUGAAGGUUCUAUUUAUGCCAAUGAAAUAAUCUUCUCUGACACUGAAAAGAGAACAAGGCAGAUCGAUUCUUUACAGAAAUCUAAUAAUUUCACCCUUUACACUUCAGAGCCUUAUACGGUAACUAACAUUUCUGCUGAACAGUCCAAUCACAAAUUAUUUGAGCUUAAAAGCAAAGAUUUGGAGAUUUGUGUUGAUGAAAUUUGCAUCCACACAGAUGAUUAUUUUCCUAUUAGCCUUUCAAGUUGGAAAUAUGGGAAUGCUUUGUACUGGAACUCUUUGACUAGUGAUAAGCAUGAGCUUGUUGCUCUGGAUUUUGCUGGUAUUGUGACUGCCGUUGGCAAAGGCGUUAAAAAAAUUCAAGUUGGUGAUCGAGUUGCCGCAUGCUAUCCAAUAACUGCAACCUCUAAAGUCACUCUUCCAGAAAAUGUUUGCUACUUAGUCAAAAAAGCUCCAGUGAUAAAAAGUGCUCCUUGCAUCUCAUUCUUUGUCUUAGCCUGGGAAAUUUUGCACAAUCAACUACCAUGUGCAAAGAAUAAGUCUAAACUUGCUAUUUUAACAUCUGAUGUAAAGUCAGUCUUAUGCAGAGUUUUGUCCAAGACAGCAAAGCAGAGUGGAUGGGAAACUGUAAUAUCUGCUGCAAGUAGGGAGGUUGAUAAGCAGUGCACUUCAAUGGUUAUUCUUCCGACAGUGGGAGAUGUCUCUAGAGAAGUUCUUAAUGCACUACCAUUCCUCAAAGAUGUGGUAUUAGUAUCUGAUCAUAAAAAUGAUAAAAACUGGCGAAAUAUAAUUCUUAGCAGCAAUGAAGACUUUCAUGUCCACUUGCUUGAUAUUUCUGCUAUUUUCCAGAAGGCAUAUCUACAACAGCAUUCAAAAAAUCUGCAUAAGUGGCUUUAUUCCAUUACUUCAAAAAACAUCAUUAACAUUCCAAAACGCUUGAUUCAACCAUCAUGGAGAGAAUCUGACUGUCAUAUUGGAGAAACCAGCUACUUUACUUCUCAGUCCUUACCGGUAAUUGAGCUAGACAAUAGUAUUGUCCUAGCAAUACCAAUGUCAGCCCUCAAUCCAAUGCUCUUCAAAGAUAAAGCUGUUUACAUUGUCACAGGUGGUCUGACUGGUCUUGGAUUUGAAACAGUGAAAUUUAUUGGGAAUAAUGGUGGUGGCCACUUAGUGAUUCUAUCCAGAAGAAAAUCAACCCCUGAAAUGGAACAACACUUAGCUGAGAUUCAGAAUCAAAAUGAAACUACCAAGAUUGUCACUAUAUCAUGUGAUAUUUCCUGUUACGCAGAGGUUAAAAAUGCCAUGGAUUACAUAAAAACAAUAUUUCCAAAUAUCCCGGUGAAAGGUGUCUUUCACAGUGCUGUUGUUUUUCAUGAUAGGAUUCUGCAGAAUCUAAGCUUGUCCCUGUUUGAGAAAGUUCUUAGCCCAAAAGUAGAUGGAGUUGUGAAUCUUCACCUUGCCACAUUAAACAUGAAACUUGACUAUUUUGUUUGCUAUUCAUCUAUUGCUUCAUUUGUUGGAAAUUCAGGACAAGCAAAUUAUGCUGCUGCCAACUCCUUUCUGGAAAUGUUCUGCCAAUACAGAAGGAAUAUGGGCCUUUGUGGACAAGCGAUCAGUUGGGGUGCCCUUGAUCUUGGAAUAUUACUCAAUCAGUCUCAAGUGCAUAGAAUCUUAGAAGCAAAAGGAAUACUUCUCUUGAGUACUGUAGAAAUUCAUGAGCAUCUAAAGAAAUGUCUUCAACUAAAUAAUCCAAAUCAAGCAAUAUUCAAAUUUAACUUUAAAACCACGUAUGAAAACCUGAUGUCCCAAAUCCCAGCACUAAAAAGGCGGCUCUUCAAUGUGGUACUAGGAGAGAUGAGUAGUUGGGAGCAAACAUCAAAAGAAAACCAAUCUUCCAAUAGUAACAAUAGUAACAAUGAAACAUGUGAAAAUUAUAUUUUGUUAGUAGUUACUGAACUCACAGGAGUAAGCCCAAGUGACAUCACUAUGAGUACUCUUCUCAGUUCUCUGGGGAUUGACUCAAUGUCAGCUAUGACAUUACAAAGUCAUAUCCGCAAAGACAAAAAUGUAAACAUACCCCUGGUCAAACUACUGGAUCCCAACACAACAAUCUCAAAUCUGGUAUCACUGGUUAAAGAAACCACUGGUGAUAAAAAAGAGAUUGGAAGCGAGAUAAUAGAGGAAACUCUACUGUAAGAGGGAAACAAUUAGCCAAUAUUGGGCAAAAUUUAUUGAAUUACUUUUGCUUACAGCAUUCAUUGCACAUUUAUUAAUGUAUAGCAAUACAUUGUGAUGUGAUUUUUAAAAUAAAUUACUUUAUCAUCACAAAUAUUUUUAUAUCCUUCAAUUAAUCCAGUGGAGAUUAAAUGUGUCCAUAUGGACUCAA